AUGAGGCCUAAAAGCCAACAAAUCACCAACCUUAAGCUGCUCCUCUUCGUUGUCUUCCUUGCUUUCUUCCUGCUUUUUGUGUUACGAUCAAGCAUGUCAUCUUCCCAGGAAAGUAUACCCCCCACCUCUCAACCGAGAACUUCGAACCCCACGAAAGAAGUUACAGCAACAAAUUGCUCACAAGCAUGCACUAAGAUCCCUCGCUCCCUAACCCAAGCCCUUAUCCACUACACAACCUCAACCAUCACCCCACAGCAAACACACAAAGAAAUAUCAGUGAGUGCCAAAAUUUUAGAAGAGAAAUCCCCAUGUAACUUCUUGGUUUUCGGCCUUGGUCAUGACAGCCUUAUGUGGAGUUCACUCAACUAUGGUGGACGGACGGUUUUCCUUGAAGAAGAUGAAGCUUGGAUCGCGCAAAUUAAACGCCGGUUUCCCAUGUUAGAGUCCUAUCAUGUCACAUAUGACAGCAAGGUGAAUGAGGCUGCCAAUCUCAUGGACGUAGGAAAGGGGCCUGAGUGCACAGCAGUUAGCGAUCCCAAGUUCUCUAUGUGCCAACUUGCGUUGAAAGGUUUGCCUAGUGAAGUUUAUGAGAUAGAAUGGGACUUGAUCAUGGUUGAUGCACCAACAGGCUACUAUGAAGAGGCACCGGGGAGAAUGACCGCCAUAUAUACGGCCGGAAUGAUGGCACGAAACAGAAAAGAGGGAGAGACUGAGGUUUUUGUGCAUGAUGUGAACAGAGAGGUCGAAAAUAAGUUCUCCAAGUCAUUUCUUUGUGAAGGAUAUAUGAAGAAACAAGAAGGGAGGUUAAGGCACUUUACCAUUCCUAGCCACAGGGAUGACUUGGACAGACCUUUUUGCCCAGAGUAG